AUGCACCACCUUACUUCUCUCCCCCCUGUAGCCCAGCCCAUCAAUUUAUUCGGCGACUUUGUCUCCGAUGUACCGCAGACCAUCGUCUUGAAAGAAAAGAUUAUCUCCUUCUCCGGGGACAGCUUUGAAAUCAAGCUGCACAACGAUCAACCAAUUUUGAAAGUCAAAGGCUCCUGGGCACCGUUUCAAGGUCGCAAGAAGGUCGAAGACAUGAACCGUCAACGCCUGUUCGACAUUACCAAAGAGCAUAUUCACCUCCAUACAACCUAUGUGAUUGAGGACCCUGAGCGCGCCAAUAUUGUCGAGAUCAGAAGCAAUCUCAAAUUUAUCGGCUCUAAUGCCAUUAUGACUUUCAAUGAUCGCAACGGCAAGCCAGUGACUCUUGGUAUGAGUGGAAAGUUCUUCAAGCACAAUGCCGAUAUUGUUGAUUAG